AUGGCAACUACUAAAGUCUCGAACGAUGCAGGCUCAAAAAAUUGGCUUAAAGAGAGAGCUGCUAUAUCCGCUGCUCAUAGGCGUCAAAAAACUGACCCUGCUGUAGCUCGCCUUAUCGAAAAAGCUGAUCAAUUACAUAAAGAACGCACGCAGAGACACUUACAUGAAUCCGCAGACGGUUCCACUGAAGAAACAGAUGAGGUUCCUGAACCUCCCGUAAUUGUCGAAGGUAGAGACCGCCGCGCGGCCGUAAAAAAGUCUUUACGCCGAAGUGUAUUAUUUUCAUCACCACUUAAUGUUUCGACGAUGCCAGCUGAAGACGAGGAGGGCGAGGAUAUUGACGCAAUUGUAAAUGUACCUCCGCCCGAAGAAAUAGUUGUCAAAAUUGCCCCGAAAAAUCCUGAUGAAGAAGAAAUAACUCCGAAACAUGAUAAAGAAUCAACCGAAGAUGUAUAUCGUUCCUUUGCAGAGUCCAUUCUUGAACAAGGGUUAACAACAGAAUCUUCAUUGGAACUUACCUUCGAUCUUAAACCGGAGGAUAUAGAAGAAAGACAUGACGAUGGAGAUAUAAAUCAAUUGGAUAAUGAGGAAAAAGACUCAAAAGCAGAUGCGGGAACCGAAAGCUUAGAUGAUGAUGAGUUUGAACACAUCGAAAAAGAGGAAACUAAUAAGGAGUCAAUGGAAGAGGUGGUGGUUGUGGACAUUGUCACGACAUCAGAAAAUAAUGAUUAA